AUGUCACAAAACUACAAUAAGAAGUCCCCCACCAUAAAACGAAUCCUCCGCGAAGCUGCAGAGCUAGCCUCCGCGCCCUCCCCAGACUAUCAUGCAGCUCCUCUCGAAUCAAACCUCAUGGAAUGGCACUUCACCAUCCGCGGACCUCCAUCCACACCAUACGCGAACGGAAUCUACCACGGUCGCAUCGCUCUCCCUCCUCAGUAUCCUCUUCGCCCGCCAUCAUUCCGCUUCCUGACACCCAGCGGCCGCUUCGAAGUAAAUCGCGAGAUCUGUCUUUCAAUCUCAGGCCACCAUGAAGAUACCUGGCAGCCAGCGUGGGGUGUGCGCACUGCCGUGGUGGCGCUGAGGGGCUUUAUGGAGGGCGAAGCGAAAGGGCAGCUAGGUGGUAUGGAAUGCAGCGCGGAAAUAAGAGAGAAGAUUGCUGGAGAAUCCGGAAAGUGGAAAUGCGAAGGAUGUGGCGGGCAGACUAAUGAAGAGAUACUGGCGGAGAGCGCUGCGAGAGCGAAGGAACUUGGAGAAAAGGAAGAGGAGGCCUUACCAGAGGGGCUGAAACUGGCAUAUAAAGACGAAAUGAAGAAAGAGGAGUCAACACCUUCUUCAUCAUCAUCGUCGUCGUCGCCAGCAACGCCAGUACCGGUCCCUACACCGACAACCACAGCUGGGUUUACGCAUACCCCUACUCCACCUCAGCCGAUAACGCCACAGUAUCCAAACCCACCGCAACAGCAAGUGCACACUGUGCCUCUUGCUCAAAGAGCCGAGACGCCUUGGUUGGAUAAAUUCAUCCUGGCGCUGGUUGUUGCACUUGCUGCGCUGGUCGCUAAGAGAUAUUGGGGACUAGAGAUUGUGGUGCUUUAG